AUGCACGCUAAGGCUAGGGUUCAUAUGAGCAUAAAGAACAAAAACUAUGCCAACCGUGCCAACAAGAGAAAAAGGCAUGAUGUGUUUAAACCUGGAGAUUGGGUUUGGGUACAUUUUCGCAAGGAAAAGUUUCCCUCCCAAAGGAAGAUUAAGUUUGAUAAACAUGGAGAUAGAGCAUUACAAGUCUUGGAGCACAUUGAUGACAACACUUACAAGAUAGACUUACCAGGAAAGUAUGAUGUUUCCAUUGCUUUCAAUAUUAGUAAUUUGUCUCCUUUUGACAUUAAUGCAGAUUUGAGGAUGAACCUUUUCGAGGAAAAGGGGAAUGAUACGAAUCCGCCAUUACUCAUCCAUGGAACUCAAGGGGGCAAGGAGAACAACAUGAAAAAUCCAUUAGUGCUACCUAGUGGAUCAAUUACAAGAAAUCAUGCAAAGAAGUAUGGAGAAGAAGUAUGGAGCGGAGAUCAAGAGAGCAUGGAUACCUCAGCUUCUAACUAA